CGGGGCAGGUGGCGGGGGCGCCGCCGCCGCCGCCGCCGGGGAUUAGCCGCCCCCGAGGGAUUUGAACCCAGAGCCCGCGCGGGCCCGUCCCCGCCGCCAAGAUGCUCCGGAAAGGGCGCUGUGUGGAGUUGUUCCUGGUGCUCUUCGGGCUGGAAAUUCAGGUCACCACCCCCUGCCCCGUGGACUGCGUGUGCUACCCGGCGCCCAUGACGGUGAGCUGCCAGGCCCACAACUUCGCCGCCAUCCCCGAGGGCAUCCCGGAGAACAGCGAGCGCAUCUUCCUCCAGAACAACCAGAUCAGCCUGCUCUUGCGCGGCCACUUCACGCCGUCCAUGGUCACCCUGUGGAUCUACUCCAACAACAUCAGCUUCAUCGCCCCGGACACCUUCCGGGGCUUCGUGCACCUGGAGGAGCUGGACCUGGGCGACAACCGCCACCUGCGGGCCUUGGCCCCCGAGACUUUCCAGGGGCUGGUGCGGCUGCACGCCCUUUACCUUUACAAGUGCGGGCUCAGCUCCCUGCCCGCCGGGCUCUUCGGCGGCCUGCACAACCUGCAGUUCCUCUACCUGCAGGACAACCACCUGGAGUUCCUCCAGGACGACACCUUCGGGGACCUGGUCAACCUAAGCCACCUGUUCCUCCACGGCAACAGGCUGUCCAGCCUCCACCAGGACACCUUCCGGGGCCUGGUCCACCUGGACCGGCUGCUCCUCCACGAGAACCAGCUGCAGUGGGUGCACCCCCGGGCUUUCCACCACCUCCAGCGGCUCACCAUCCUCUUCCUCUUCAACAACAGCCUGUCCGAGCUCCAGGGGGACUGCCUGGCUCCCCUGGGAGCCCUAGAGUUCCUCCGGCUCAACGGCAACCCCUGGCACUGCGGCUGCAAGGCCCGCUCGCUCUGGGAGUGGCUGCGCCGAUUCCGGGGCUCCAGCUCCAGCGUCCUGUGCCGGACCCCCGAGCAGCUGAGCGGCCAGGACCUCAAGGUGCUCCAGGCCGAGGUCUUCCGGGCCUGCUCCACCUCCUCCUCCGAGUCCCUCCACCAGAUCAAGGCGCACCCGCUUCCGGCCCCGGACCGGGGCGUCCCCCGGGACCGGCUCCCACCCCCCCACGCCUCCAGGGAGCGGGAUGGCCCACCCGCCUCCCGCCCAGGCUCCCGCAAGCCCGGCAAAAACUGCACCAGCUACAAAACCCGCAACCAGACCUCCAAGCCGGGGGGCGGGCUGGGGCCGCAGAAGGGCAUGCCCGAGGGCCAGGACUACGCGCCCGACUACGAGGCCAAGUUCGGCUUCGACCUGAUGCCCACGGCCCGGCCCAAGCGCAAGGGCAAGUGCGCCCGGCGGACCCCCAUCCGCGUCCCCAGUGGGGUCCAACAGGCCUCCGGGGCCUCUGCGGCCGCCGGGGCCUCGCUCCUCCUCUGGAUCACGGUGGCCACGGCGGCGGUGGUCACCCUCCGUUGAGCCAGGGGGGAGAGCAGGGGGU